GAGCGAUCGCGAGUGCGAAGGCGAGAGAGAGCGUGCGUGAGGAAGCUCGGCAGAGUAAAACGAAGCGAGAACGAACGCGGCAGCGGGGAGUAGUAAUAGCAGCUUGAGAAGCAGGGGGGAGGGGGGGGGGGCAGAGGGAGCGAGGGAGAAGACAGCAGGCGGAGAAGUCUCUCUCUCUCUCUCUCUCUCUCUUUCUCUCCCCGUCAAAAUGUCGCUGAAAACGCCAACGCGGAUACAGUGAUGUUGCCGCUCGCCUAACUCGGGACACAUCGUCGUCUCUUCCUUCGAGCCCUCGAGCCUCGCUCUCCUCUCCCUUCUCUCUCCCUCUCCCCUUUCCCUCCCUUCCCCGCCCUCUCUCUCUCUCUCUUUCUCUCUCUCCCCCCUAUCCCCCUCCCUCUCUAUCUCCCGAUCUCGUUCUCGACGAGCACAGGCGGCUCUACAGUCUUGUAACGAGGAGAAAGAGAAGAUCGCGCGGUGCAUCGAUUACUCGCGCGCACAGGUCACCCGACUUUUCCUAUCCCGUUUCUCAAUCGGAUGUUUGUAUGACCUCGGAAGACUCCGGUCGAACUAAUCGGAGCAGGUGAUUUGCGCGCGAUCGUCCGAAGUUUGAAUAAUCCGCAGCGGAGGCGAAAUUAACUCGCUUCGUCGGGACGAGUUUUGUAACGCGUCUCGUGAAAAUCGUCGUCGCAAAGCUAUUCGAAUUUGGAGUAUCAUCGGUCCUUCCAUCUGUGUGAUUCGUCUGGUUUUGGAUAAACUUGCUUAUUAAAUAAAAACAAAAAAAUGGUGUCAACACGUCAAUCAAGUAACAUGGGAAGCAAUGGUGGCAGUGGACCAGUCGGUGAAGUAGAAGUACACUCCCUGAAAAAGCAUCAUUCUGUAACAGCUGGCACAUCUAAUAAUGGGGCCACCAUUGAGUCACGCACUCUGAAUCUCCUGGAUUUACCUGUCGAGAUCCUUGAGAAAAUCUUUGGCUACCUAGGUUUCAAUAUGGUAGCACAUAUGCGCCUAGUUUGCCAUCAACUGGACCGCAUUUGUGGAUCAAUACUGAACUCUACGUUUCAAAAGCUACAAGCUCAAAUGUUAAGUCGUUUUCAGGCUAUCAAGGCACAAAUGCCCAGACGCGAAUCCGCGCGUCGAAAUCAUCCAUUAGCAUGCGAGUCAGAUAUUAUAGAAACUCUGCAUAUGCGGCUUACUCUGCUGCAAAUGAGUUUCGGCAAGCACAUUGAACGGAAGCAUUGCUGCUUUUUCCCUGGCGAGAUUUUAGAUGAAGUUUAUCGUAUUCUCCAUUACAUAAAAGUUACUCCAAAAUUACAAAGACCUUACAAAGUCACAGACGAAUUAUUUGAUCUGAGUACAAUGGCUAUGGAAUAUUUCAAGGAACACAUUGAACCAACUUUACCAGAAAUACCUUAUUUUGGUGCAGACUUUCUGGAUCUUGCAGGAACAUUUUCCUCUUCUAGUAGCGUGAGUAAACCAUUUAUGUGCCUGGAUUCCACACCUUUGACCGUCGUAAAAACUGAAGAAGAAGGUUCUUCAUCGCAUUGUUCGGACGAUCCUGCGCUUUUGGAAUCCAAUGUGUCACCGCCACAAUCGAAUAUGGUUUUGCGAAAACGGAUUCGCAAGAUUAAACAAGGCAUGAGACGAUACAACAGUCAGUUAACAUUAAUGCGCAGGGAUUUAAAGAGUUGCAAGGCGAAAAUUGCGGAUCAACAGAAACAAAUCGUAGAAUACGCUACUCGAUUAGACGAUAAUGAUAAGAAAAAUGAGGAGACGUCGCGAAAAUUCAGCACACUCCUACAGGAAUUGAACAAGUGUAAAACCGAACUACAAUAUUGGCGAUCCAAAUCACCAGCAAUACCAGUAUGCAUAGGUUGUGGUCAGACAAUGCCAGUCCCUACAGAAGAUUUACAAGCUUUAGCCAAUCAGGGAGUGCUGCCGGAUGCGUUUGGUGAAGAGCACGAUUUCAUUCCCAUCGCAGAUGCCCACAGUCCGACCGAGGCGGUACAGCAAUCUGUAGUUACGCAAUCUCCGUCGACACCGACGGUAGACAUGGCACCCCCAAAGGCUCCCGUGCCUUCGAUAUCCUUCAAACGGAAACCUACUGCAGAGGAAACGUCGGGCGAUGCCGCGAAAAAAUCACGUCGCACUGCCAAGUCUCGUCAGGCUAAGCGCUCAAAGAUAUAAAUUGAUAACACUGAUCAUGGUACAAAUAUUCAAACAGUUUUUAAUGGGUUUCCGAAAAUAGGGGACUUUCUAUAAUGGUUUACGCGCGUUUCUUUACGUCAGCAAGCCGACAUGAUCUUAGAAGAGUACAAAAUUUCUCACUGAACGUCCUGCAUCUCGCGCAACGAACCUCGUGUUGAAAAUUUCAGCCGUAUUAUAAUUGUCACGAUUAUCAAGAUCGCUAGUUGAUUUUUCAAUUUAUUUCACGGAUUUGUCACCAACAUAUGGCACACAUUGAUGAAUAUUCUAAAGAAGCCUAGCUGAUCAUUCGCUUUGCUCGUAAAGCAACGUCUAACUAUACUUUCUCGAAUUCUUGUUAAAAUUCUUUUGUUUUUUUUUCACUAUCAUUGCCGCAGUACAUUUGAAGAUGAUAGUUAAAAUCAUGUCAAUCAAGUUUAUCUUUGUCAUGCAUUUAACAGCGGUAUUGCACGAAAGAACAUACUAAAUAAUAUCGUGGCGACGAACGUUCGCCUUCCAUUUUGCUCUUCGAUCAAAAAUGUGCAGUGACUCUUAUCUAAUUUAAAAAAACUUAAAGAUAUAGUUCCCCUUAAUAGAAUGUUGAUUGGAUAUCGCAUCUUCAACAUUUGAUCGAGUAGGACAAUACGGGAAUAGAGAACACAUUGACAUUUCAUAACUUAUAUAUAAAUUGAAUUGGUGCAAAUUCCAAGUAAUUUUUAGAUAAUUGUAAAUUUGUUCGAACAUUUGAAUCACAUUCUCUCUAAAUUAAGUUGGUGUAAACCAAGUAAUUUUUAGAAAAUUGUAAAUUUAUUCGAGUAUUUUGCACGUUCUACGAUGUAGCUUGUGGUGACUUGCAUACAAAGAAUUUUGAAAUAGAGCCUCUAGUAAAUUUUAUUUUCGCAAUAUUAUCAUAUAUAUAUAUAUAUAAUACAUAAGUAUCUGAGAAAUAAUAACGAUUAUUCGUUCCGAUACUGCAAGUAUACAGUAAUCAUAUUAAUUUCUUUUGAUUAGUUGUUCAAAUUAGAAAAUUCUUUUACAAUUAUUAAGUUUUUUCUUGUCCAGCUGUCUUAUUUGUAUUCCAUGUUCACAUGUUUAAAUUGAAUGAAUUUGUGUGGCUCGGUAAAAUCAAAAGUCUUAUGAUAAAAGUAUCAUCCCCAGUAUUAAAACGCAAAACAACCAGAAAAAUUAGAGAAUAAUUUACAUCACACUAAAGAGCAAAAUGUCGAUGGAUAUCUGGAAAGGAAGUGUUAGUUUACUUUUAUGAAUGCGCCAUUUUACCAAAACAAUGAAAUGGCGUAUACAUUGCAAUAUUAAUAGAACUAGAUAAUUAUUUAUAGGAAUGAUUCUAUUUAGAUAAAAGAAUUGGGUAUCAUGCUACUUUUUUGUAUAUUAUUAAAAAAUGAAAUUUUGUUAUAAAUAAAAUUGUCAAAUUCAUAUUUAUGAGAACAUGUUCUAAAUUUAAAAAAAUGGACGUUCACGUUUAUAAAUUAUAACAAUCAAGGAUAUUUGCAAUCGGCUCCGGUAGUCUGAUGGUUUACCUUGCGCGAUAAACAAUUGGUACAGUAGGAACAAUUAAUGUCUUAUUUGCACCGAUUACCCAAUUAAUCUCAAAGCAGUGUAGUUAGAUAUUGUGAGUUACUCAUGAUGAUACUUAUAAAAAAUGGAAGAUACAGAUGUAUAAGUAAAUGAUACUUUAUAUAUUAUAAAUAUAUAUACACAUAUAUCUAUAUGUAUGUAUAUACAUAUAUAUAUACAUAUAUAUGUAUGUAUGUAUAUAUAUUUGAGUGGUACUCGCUACUUGCAGAAAUGCGCAUACCACAUGCAGAACAUUUUAGUUUAAACUUUAAUGGAACAAUAAGAUAUAACGAUUAAUUAAUUAAUUGAAUAAUUAAUUAAUUAACGAUAAAAUAAUUAAAAAAUAUAUAUGAAAUAUAUAUAUAAAUAUAUAUAUAAUUUUUUAUCGAUGUCAAAAGGAAAUUAGAGAAAAAGAAAAGCAGAGAUAACUUAGGGUGUGAGUAUAAUGGGAGAACGUUGCGGUGCGCAUACGUGUGAGGUGAAUGUGUGAUAUAUAUAUAAAAAUAUAAUAUACUAAAUUUGACGAGAAUUUACGAUGUGAUGCUUUAUCGAUUUAACCGCGGGAAAGUGACCUUUAUCCGAAAAAUAUAAACGUGGGGCGUUUCUGAUUGCGAACGAGCAUAUAAAAUUUCACUUAAUGUUACGUUGAAUAGCGCAUUGCGGGGGCGGGCAUACCCAAAUCGUACGUGUCGGAAAUUUCAAAAUGCUUGUACGUUUACUUGCAAAAUGUCGCGCGCGAUCAGCGGCGACGUGUAUCACGGAUGUCCGUAGGAUGAGACUUCGCAUCGAGACUUUGUUUCGUCAUUCGGGCCCCUGAGAACGAACGUAUAGAUCCAAGAUUAACAUUUACAGCGAUGAAUUGCAUCAACGCUAGUCAUUGCUAAUUCUGAUUGGUUGGCGAUGAAAUUUGCAGUCUCUGUAAUUAAUUGACUUUAAUUUGAAUUGAAUCUUUUAAUUUUAAAUUUUAAUUUUUUUAAAUUAUUCUAUUCAGUCUAAAUGAUUACAAAUAACAAAUGUCCCAUUUGUAACUUUGCGACAUUAAAUGUACAGGAAUAAGAAAAUCUGUUAAUUAAUACGCGCUGUCGAUGCGUAAAAAAUGAGUUUAUCAACAAUUUUCAUCCUUUAUUUCCUUUUUUUUAAUCUGAGAAAUGGCAAGCUACUAAUAAUUUGAAUAGUCGAUGUGAAUCAAAAGUUAGAAAAGGUGACAUGAUCUUAUCUUGUCUUAUAGUAUAAUCGUAUAUCGUAUAAUCUUCAGUAUCUAUUAAAUAUAACUCGAAUAUAUUCUCUUUAAUUGUGGUUAAUUUGCGCGUACAUUUUUAUAAAUAAUAAAUUUGAUGUGUGGAUAAAGAAGAAGGAAUUACCAAUCACAGUUGAUUGGCUGGUGUUUCGAUGCGAUUCAAUCUCAACAUACCUCACACAUAUAUAUUAUAUAUAAUAUAUAUAAUAUAUUAUGUAUAAUAUAAAACACCUUCGACGACGUUAUGUACUAUACAAUGUCGUCUGAAACAGUUCACGCUCCUCUCUCUUUCUCGGCUUUCCGACAUAAUCCGUCCCCGAACGAUACAAAUGUAGAACCGUGUACUACGCAUAUUAUGAAUCUAAGUUAGACGUACGAUCGAGUAUAACAGUGAAUAUGCGAUUUAGGAGUAGAAUAAUUUUCUAGACAGUAGAGAGAAGUGCUGUGCGCGUGGGAGGAUGGAAAACGAAAGAAAGAAAGAGAAGGAUAUAUCUUUUUCUCCUGAAAUUACUUGCUCCACCCCGAAGCCUUGCUAUCUGCAAGCGAUAUUCGUGCAAGCAACGGUCCUUGCCUCAGGUACACAAUAGACAAAUACCCAUAAUGAAAUCGUGUACAUUUCACGGAGACAAAAACGAUGAUGUAGGAAUACAAUUUGCCAGCGUUAUAGCGAAGUGCGCCAUAACGCCGAGGAAUAAUGGAAUAUAUUAUCUUAAAUGGUUUUACGUGUAUUAAAGCGAUUGUAAAUAUAUAUAUUAGAUACACCUUAUAAUAAACAUAAUUUAACAUA